UCCUCUAUAUAUUAUAUAUAUAUAUAUAUGAGUCAUUUGCAUAUAAAUUGAGAUAUAUAUAACCCACUUCCUUCCUUACAUGAGCUUCAAAUAAAAAAGUUUGGGGCAUAUUAUUAAAAAUAAGAAAUAUAUUUGUGUCUUAGAGAUUCUUCGAGACAUUGGGUGGUAAGAGAUUCUUUGGGGCCCAUUGUUCUCUCCGUGAAUCCUUGUUUAUGGUGGAGCAGGAAGGAACAUGAAGAAUGAUGGAAUUGAUUCUGCCAACAUUUCUGCUUUACACUGUAUCGAUCUCUCCAGCCCUGACAUUCAUACCUCUGUUUCUCUCCUCAAACAGGCUUGCUUAGAUUCAGGAUUUUUCUAUGUUGUCAAUCAUGGUAUUAGCCAGGAGUUUAUGGAUGAGGUUUUCGCUCAAAGCAAAAAGCUCUUUGAUCUUCCUUUGGAAGAGAAGAUGAAGCUUCUUAGAAAUGAAAAACAUCGGGGCUAUACUCCUAGUCUAGAUGAACAUUUGGAUCCUGACAAUCAAAUAAAUGGUGACUAUAAGGAGGGAUAUUACAUUGGUGUUGAAGUACCUGAAGAUGAUCCUGAAGCUCAGAGACCAUUUUAUGGGUCAAAUGUGUGGCCUACUGCAGGUACCCUGCCUGGAUGGAAGGAAACUAUGGAGAAGUAUCAUCAAGAGGCACUUGAGGUGACAAAAGCAGUAUCAAGGCUCAUAGCCCUUGCACUUGAUCUUGAUGUUGACUUUUUUGAUCGGCCAGAGUUUCUUGGCAGACCAAUUGCUACUUUGCGCCUACUGCAUUAUGAAGGCAAACUUUCUGAUCCAUCAAAUGGAAUUUUUGGAGCUGGUGCACAUUCUGACUAUGGUCUGAUAACUCUUUUGGCCACAGAUGAUGUCUCUGGCCUUCAGAUAUGCAAGGAUAAGGAUGCAAAGCCUCAGAUUUGGGAGUAUGUGCCACCAUUGAAAAGUGCUUUUGUAGUGAAUCUUGGUGAUAUGCUUGAGCGCUGGAGCAAUGGUGUUUUCAGAUCAACACUGCAUCGGGUCCUUGCAAAUGGUCAAGAAAGAUUUUCUAUUGCAUAUUUUAUGGAGCCAAGUCACGACUGUCUUGUUGAAUGCUUGCCAACCUGCCAAUCCAAAGUCAACCCACCGAGGUAUCCUCCAAUCAAAUGCGAGACGUACUUGCUCCAACGUUACAAAGACACUCAUGCUGAUAGAAAUUCUUACAAAUGAGAUUCUUGGUAACUGGUAAAAUACAAAUGGCGCCGCACAUUUCUUGCACAUAUUAUAAUGGCGAAUAAUGUUGGACUGGCUUGUGGUUUAAUCUGUAUCUGCAGUUACUUGAGAAUGUGUGUGAUAGAAUAAUUGUAUAAUGGUUUAUAGUUUGAAUAUUCACCAUGUAGGUAGUAGUACAUUUAUACAACUUUGCUUACUUUUGCUAUCCACUCAUCCACUUUUUAGUUUUUAGUUUUAGAAGAAUGAGUCUUUCCUAUAUGCAAAGAUGAAGAUGGAGUACUUGGGAUCAACAAAAUUCUAAAACUACGGAACCCAACUGGUUUCUACCGGGAGAACAAGAUCCAGAGCAAUGACUCCAACAGUUUGGAUUGAAAAUGGGAGUGAUACUGUUGAAGAAUGUCAAGGACAUGUGUAGAUUUUCUAGGGUUUGAAAAAUGAAACUUCAGAUUAAUUCUCUUAAUAUCCAUUCAAAAAUGAAGUUUUAGAAUUUUCUGUUAUCAUAAAUGGUCUUU